AUGAAGGGCACUGCUGAUGGAAAAACUGUAGGCCCAUCAGACUGUUGGGAAAUAGUUCACAUUCCUGAGAAGCCUCCGAUUCGUCCAGACCACCAGCCUACGGUGGAUGUCCUUGCUUCUGCAAUCGAUGCUAUGCAUGCGAAUACUGUAGUCAGAAAACUAAAUCAUAUAGCUCCCCUGGAAGGCCUCCACCAUGUGCUACUAUUUUGAUGUUUGGUCUAAGAGAGCACAUUUAUCCUGACAGGAGAGAGUCAGUUAUUUGUGGUUUUAUGCAUGGAUCCUGAAAGCAAUGCUGAGUGUAACUAUAUGAAUACGUACCAGUUGAGUACUUUCACUACAAAAUUAUGCAAAUAUGCUGCAACAACAAAAGAAGAAUGGAAAGAACAAUGCAAGUUGUGGCCAACUUCCUUCCAUCCACCUACUUCCAAUAUCGAUGGCAUAACUGGAUUUUCGGAGUCAGAUUCAUUAUCUGUUCUCAAAUUUAUGAAACAUGCAGUUCACAUUGCGAAAUCCGGUGCUUUGCUCGUAUGGUCAAUGAUGGAAGUCCUUUCUAGCUCUUAUGUUAAUCAAAUCUGCAAGUUGGAUCCUUUAUCAGGAGAAACUAUUGCUAGCUCGUGUGAUGAGGUCUUAUAUCCUGGUGCUAAAGGUAGUAGCAAGGAGCCAUGCUGUUCCAAAAAUCACGAAACAACUACACAGGGUGGGUCUAAUGAAAUGGGAAAUGAUUUACUAUCCAAUGAAGCAACGCAAUCAUAUAUGGAAGUCUCUUGUUUAAAUCCUUGGGGAUGGCUCGAGCACCAAUUGCAUUCGAAUUUGGGUUCUAGGUGCUCAAUGGCGAUCGUGUAUCAGAGAAUCAGACGAGUGUUCUAUGCUUUCCCAAACCCAAACAAUGGUGCUUUGGGAAGCGUCCACAGAUUGCAAGGAGAGAGAAGCUUGAAUCAUCACUAUGCUGUUUUUAGAGUCAUGUUGCCUAGAGAGAUCCUUGAUUGA